AUGCAGCUGGACAGAUUGGAGGCUGUCAUCGCCAAGUCCAGCAACGAACUGCAGAAGAUUGACGAGCGCCUGCAGGAGAGGAAGGCCGUUUUUGAGAAGAGCAUCAGUGUCGAGCUCUUGUCCCGUGGUGACCAGGAGUCUGGACCGAGAACGACGGUCGUGGGCCAACGCCCAGGAUUCUCUGACGCGCAGGAACCAAAACUUCCGGGGCGAGAUCGAGCAGCUGGCGCAGGACUUCAGCAGCCGGUGGGACGUUAUGAGCAUAAAUUUGAAGUGAGGACAGCAGUUUUUAAUACGAUGAAGAAGACCUGCCUCGAUUAUCAUCUAAUUUACAAGCUUGGGGAGGGCAGCUACGGGUCGGUCUACAAGGCCCGGCACAGGGUCACCCGGCUGGAGUGCGUCAUCAAGCAGAUCAGCCUCGCCAAGUUCUCAGCCAAGGCGCGGCAGGAGGUACUUUGUUCAACAGCAGUCAAUGAAGCCCUGCUGCUCCAGAAAAUCAAGUCUCCGCAUGUCGUGAAGUACUUCGACUCGUUCGUCGAGGACAACAAACUCUGCAUCGUCAUGGAGUUCUGCGAGUACGGCGACCUGUCCAAGUUAAUCAAGGAGCAGAACGGACGGCCGCUCCCCGAACAGUAGAUCUGGAAGUUUGUCUGGCAGCUGGCGUCAGGUCUCAGCCAUAUCCACGAAUCGAAAAUCCUGCAUCGGGACAUCAAGGCCCUAAACAUCUUUCUCACUAAGACGUUGGAGAUCCGGAUCGGCGACAUGGGAGUCGCAAAGUCCAUGGAGAACCAGAUGUUUGCCAGGACGAUGGUGGGCACCCCUUUCUACCUGUCCCCCGAAAUGUGCGAGGAAAAGCCUUACAACUCGAAGAGCGAUGUCUGGGCCCUUGGGUGCGUUAUCUACGAGCUGUGCACGUUCAAGCACCCCUUCGAUGCCAAAAACCAGGCCUCGCUCAUCCUCAAGAUCGUCAGUGGCCGUUACCGCCCGAUUCCCAAGGAGUACUCGUCGGAUUUGAGGAAAGUCAUCGAUUGCUGUCUUGAAAGAGAUUUCAAGAAACGGUGGUCUGCCAGCGCCCUCCUCUAG